AAAAUAAAAAAAGCAUAUAUCACUGGUCUAGAUCAGGAUUCAUCAUUUGCUCUCUCUCUCUCUCUCAUGUCUCCUCUUCCAAGCAUAAUUGUCUUCCUUCUCUCAGUUUAUGCAGGAACAAGAACUUUGGGUGAAAAUACAGAGGAGAGUUUCUUUAAACUAUGUCCACCAACCAGAUGUAGCAAAAGAGGUCCAACUAUCAAAUAUCCUUUCAGGCUCAAUACUCAACCAGCCUUUUGUGGCCUUGAAGGAUUCGAAUUAUCAUGCUCAGGUAACAACACACUCUUCCACCUUCCUUUCUCCGGCAACUACUACUUGAAAGAAAUCUCUUAUCUCGAUGGCAAGCUUUACCUAAUGCAAUUCCCCGAAUCAAAUUGCCCAUUACAAGAUUAUAUGUCACUUAACCGCUCCAAUUCCAUCUCAGACAACUCCGGCCUCUUAGCACGCGAAUUUUCUCUUGUGAAGUGCAACCAAAGAAUCCCUGCAAGAGCAGAAAUAAUAGGACCUAUUGAUUGUUUACGCAAUGUUGAUAAUGAUUCAGUCUAUGUAAUGGAUGCUGGUACACCCAUGAACAAGCUGCCUCUAAAUUGCGGAACUUUUAAAACUGCUGAAAUUGGAGUCGGUGGGAAUAGUGUAGAUACAGCUAUGGCAGCCAUUGAGAAGCUCUUGAGGACAGGAGAGUUCAUGGAUGGGUGGAAUUGGGAAGCUGUUGGAUGCUUCAGCUGUGUAAAAGCAGGGAAUUAUUGUGGCUUUAACAGGACAAGCAAUGAGACAAUCUGUUCUAGUCCCAGACCCCAAAGUUACAAUAUUCCAAUAGCUAUCGGAACUAGUGUGGGAGGCACCAUCUUGCUUGCCGUGGUGAUACUUUUUAUCUACAGAUAUAAGAAAUCUGACAACGAUAAAGAGACUCAGCUCAAAAUAGAGAAUUUCCUAGAGAACUACAAGACCCUCAAUCCAACCAGAUACGCGUUUAAUGAUAUCAAGAAAAUAACUGGCCGCUUCAAGCACAAACUAGGCCAAGGAGGUUUUGGAAGUGUCUACCGAGGGAAACUUGACAAUGGAGUGCCAGUUGCAGUCAAAAUGCUUGAGAACCCUAAAGGAAAUGGAGAAGACUUCAUGAAUGAAGUUGCCACUAUAAGUAGGAUACACCAUUUCAACGUGGUUCACCUUUUAGGAUUUUGCUAUGAAGGGACACAACGCGCUCUUGUUUAUGAGUUCAUGCCCAAUGGAUCUCUUGAAAAGUACAUAUUCUCAAAGAAAGAUCAAUCUUCUCAUUGUCCCUUGAAUUGGGAAAAGUUACAAGAGAUUGCGAUUGGUAUUGCUCGUGGAAUCGAGUAUUUGCACCAAGGAUGCAACCAAAGGAUCCUUCAUUUUGAUAUUAAACCUCACAACAUUUUGCUAGACCACAAUUUCCAGCCCAGGAUUUCAGAUUUUGGACUGGCCAAGCUAUGUUCAAAGGACCACAGUGCUGUAUCCAUGACAGCUGCCAGAGGAACUGCAGGCUACAUAGCACCCGAGGUCUUCUCAAGGAACUUUGGACAUGUUUCUUAUAAGGCCGAUGUUUAUAGCUACGGAAUGUUGUUGAUAGAUAUGGUUGGGUGCAGGAAUAACACUGACGUUACCACUGAAAAUGGGAGCGAAAAUUAUUUUCCAGAAUGGAUUUACGACAGAAUCAGCCAAGGUAAGGAACUUGGAUUACAAGUUGAGAUAGAAGACGAUAAAGAGAUUGCAAAGAAGCUUACUAUUGUCGCACUUUGGUGCAUUCAGUGGAAUCCGGUAGACAGACCUUCCAUGGCAGUGGUGGUUCAAAUGCUAGAAGGCGACCUGAAAAGUUUAGAUGUACCUGCAAAGCCUUUUGUUUCUUGAGAUAUUGAUCAGAUGGGAUCAACUUGAUCUAAGUGAAAUAUUUGAAGUACGUUUUUGUUACAAAAACUUGAAUGUAGUUUCAAAGCCACACGGAAUAAUAUUACAGUCUAUUUUGUUCUCA